AUGAACUCCCCGCACCACCCGAAAGCCGCCACCACACAGCCAACCCGGCCCAUGACCGGCCAGCACCGCGCCACCCCAACGCCGCCAACGCCAACAACGGCCGCGGUUCGCAUGGCCCGACAAGCCCAGAUCGGGGCCCGCCCAUCGCCGCAGCCUCCCGAAGCAGCACCGCCGCCAAGACCUCCGGCAGGCUCCUCCUCCCAAGCGGCCACCGCAGCCACCGCACAUGCCCACCAUCACGCCGCCGCAGCACGGGGCCGCCGCCCCGGCAUCACAUCAGAAACUCGCAGCCGCCAGGAGCACCUCGCCGCGGCCGCCGCCGCUGCCCGGGGGCACCGCCCCGGCACUUCACCACCCAGCUGCAGCAGCACCUCGACGGCCAGGGAGGCCCGCGCCGGCCAACCGCCCGCGCCGCCACGGCCAGCCGCGCCCCCAGCCCGGCCCGCCCGGCCCAGAUCUGGCCCGGCCGCCACGACCGUCGGAUCCCCACACGCCGCCAGCGGCCAGGAGAGCCGCCGCUCCCGCCCGCAGCACGCCGCCGAAGCCACCGCACGACGCCGCGCCCGUCGCCCUGGCCGCGCCCGAGCGAGCUCCUCCUCGCCAGGGACGCGGGAGGGGAAGAAACUCCCCGCCGCCACCUUCCUCGGGGAGUGCGCGGCUUUGCCGGCCCCCCUCCGGCGGCGGCGAGGCAAGGAAGGGAGGAGGUGGGGGGGCUAA